AGAAGAAAAUGCAGUGCUUUAUCGGGAGGAACCUACAAGCACGGGUCAUUUCUUCUGUGACCUGAGGUUCUGCGGGACUACUUUUUCCGUAACACCUAUCCGGUGCCAACGUCGCCGAACUUCCGUCCCGUUUCCGCGGAGCGGCGCGUGAGACUUUGUGAGCUUGAGGACCAAAGACCUUAUUCUCACUCGAUCUGGUUCUAUCCUCCUCUCUACGCGCCUUCCGAAGACAAGAGAGUACUGCUUUUUGUUGCCCACCACUGGCCCCAUGGCGUCCGUGCAGAUGGAUCCUGAGUUAGCCAAGCAACUCUUCUUUGAAGGAGCCACUGUGGUCAUUCUGAACAUGCCCAAGGGAACAGAGUUUGGCAUUGACUACAACUCCUGGGAGGUGGGGCCCAAGUUCCGGGGUGUGAAGAUGAUCCCUCCUGGCAUCCACUUCCUUCACUACAGUUCUGUGGACAAGGCCAAUCCCAGGGAGGUGGGCCCUCGGAUGGGCUUCUUUCUUAGCCUGAAGCAGCGGGGGCUGACAGUUCUUCGUUGGAAUGCUGUUCAGGAAGAGGUAGACUUGUCUCCAGCUCCAGAGGCUGAAGUAGAAGCUAUGAGAGCCAAUCUCCCUGAGCUAGACCAGUUUCUGGGACCUUACCCAUAUGCUACACUCAAGAAAUGGAUCUCACUCACCAACUUCAUCAAUGAGGCUACCGUGGAGAAGCUGCAACCCGAGAGCCGGCAGAUCUGUGCCUUCUCAGACGUGUUGCCUGUGCUUUCCAUGAAGCACACCAAGGACAGGGUGGAGCAGAAUCUACCCCUCUGUGGUACUGAGUGCAAAAGCUACCAGGAGGGCUUAGCCCGGCUGCCUGAGAUGAAGCCCAGGGCUGGGACAGAGAUCCGCUUCUCGGAGUUGCCCACUCAGAUGUUCCCAGCGGGUGCCACACCAGCAGAGAUCACCAGGCACAGCAUGGACUUGAGCUAUGCCCUUGAGACUGUACUCAGCAAGCAGUUCCCUUGCAACCCCCAGGAUGUACUUGGUGAACUCCAGUUUGCCUUUGUGUGCUUCCUGCUGGGCAAUGUGUACGAGGCAUUUGAGCACUGGAAGCGGCUCUUGAACCUCCUGUGUCGGUCGGAAGCAGCCAUGGUAAAGCACCAUACCCUGUAUGUCAGCCUCAUCUCCAUCCUGUACCACCAGCUUGGCGAGAUCCCUGCUGACUUCUUUGUGGACAUUGUCUCCCAGGACAACUUCCUCACCAGUACCUUACAGGUUUUCUUUUCUUCUGCCUGCAGUAUUGCUGUGGAUGCCACCCUCAGGAAGAAAGCAGAAAAGUUCCAAGCCCACCUGACUAAGAAGUUCCGGUGGGACUUUGCUUCAGAGCCAGAAGACUGUGCCCCAGUGGUGGUGGAGCUCCCUGAGGGCAUCGAGACUGGCUAACUGCAAAUCCUCAAGCCAGGGAGACCCCUUCCCACAUGACUACUACCCGGUGUCUCUGCUCAUCCGUCUUCCUGGGACCCUCCAGCAUAGCGACCCAGGCAGGUCCUGUAAAGAUGGAGCCAGGAUCCCUCUUCACCAGUAUAUGCAUCCCUUUGCUGCAAAAACAGAUAUCGUGACUCCCUUUAGCCUGGCCCGGGCACUUAAUUUCAGAAAAAGGCCCUUGUAGAAGGUCCAGGUGAAACUUGCCCUGCAGCAGUCUAAUUCCUUCUGACAGCGGAAAAAAAUUUAAGUCUAAAAGACUAUGCUUCGUCCCUAACUGGUUAAAAGAAGAAAGAAGAAACCUGUUCCAUCCCAGGGUCUGAGGGUUAGUUGGUGAAUUGUUAAGUUAAAUGUAGGUUUGAAGUUGAAUGUGGUUUAUACAGAACUUCUGCCUGCUCCUUGUUUUUGGAAGGAGACCUGCCAGGAAAUGGGCCACUGAGCUCUCAGAAGCCCAGCCUGGGGAAGGGCGACCAGGAAGAUGGUGUGCUGAGCCUGACAAGUGGUCAACUUCAGCUUCAGCUUCCUCUCCCAAGGGCCCUUCUGCCUAGAGACCCCAGGGUUGAUAUCCAGAAUUGGCCCUGUUCUUGGAGCUUCCGUUCUGAGGCCUCACACCAUGACUUUUUCUGAUGACGUGGAAAUUCAACAACAAAAGGAAAGGUUCUUGUCAGUGCUUCUUAGUUCUGUUAAAGGUGGGGCCUGUGCUUCAGUGCCAUGGAGGUGACUGGGUAGCUUACCCUCCCAGCCCUGCUGUGGGGGGGGGGUCAUCAGCUGUCACAUCCCUAGCAUUAGGGAGUCUUGAGGGUGUACCCACUGUGCUGUGUGGACAGAAUUCUGCCUCAGGAAGGGCUCCCAGGCCCUUCACACUGACCUCAGGUGGCAUGCUGUGCUCUGGGAUCCCAGAGCUGUCCUCUUCCAUCCUCUUCCGAGGCUCAAGCUCCCAGCAGGUCUCUGAAUGGGAGUCCUGCUGCUAAGACUUUCGGUUCCUCUUGUUUCCUUGGAGAUGUUUUCCAAGAGCAGAAUGUACAUUAAAGUCUUUGAGUUGGGACUAA